CUUCACGGUACUGGCAAUACUGAACAAAAGAAAGAAGGACGGACGGGCUUGAUUUUGAUUGAAAUAAAUUUACAAAUGGCUUCCGUAUUCAUCUUUUGGCGAACGUAAUUUACCGCUGGCAUGGUAUUUUAGUUAAGACGGCAGAUUUCCGAAACGAACGUGUUCGAUUGAUCCGAGUUGGGUACUAUUUCAUUAACGACUUGUCAAAGAACCAUGGGAAUACAAGAUCUACAAACAUUUUUAGAAAAUGAAGGAGUUGGUGUUGAUCUUUUUAGAAUCGCCAGAAAUCAAGCGGGCGGUUUCCGACUGGUGCUUGACGCGGAAGGUUGCUUAGAUCGAUUGUAUGGCGGAUAUUUUUCAGAUUGGGCUUGUGGGGGACAAUGGGCACGCUGUGUCCAAUUCCUUACAACACUAGCUCAAGCUCUGGCUGAGCAUCAAGUGGCCCUCUGUGUUUGUUUCAAUGGCGCCCACCCAACACCACCCGCAACUCCACAACACUGGAUGCAGACGCAGGCUACGUACAGACAAAGAGUCAAUUCAGUACUGCGCCACAUUGUAACAAAGGGCACACCACCUCCCAAAGUGUGGUGGGUUCCCCCUACAGGAUUACACUCCUGCCUUCGUACUGCAUUGCGGUAUCUCAACAUACCUAUUAUGGUGUCUACUGAUGAUCAUUGUCAAGAAGUAGUUGGACUUUGCCGUGAAAAAACAUAUGCGGGGCUGGUGGGAUGCUCUGCUGAAUAUUUAGUAUUUCAGCCCCCAAGAUAUUUCAGCUCUUCACAAUUGAAAUUAACCUAUCGGUCUUCACUGGAAACAAAAGAGUAUAUGGUUCACGAACUUCCUCGUGUUUUGGAUGUUCAACAAGAUAGGCUGUGUCUUAUGGCUGCCUUGCUAGGAGGCACCAUUUUAUCUGAGCAAAGUCUUACAGAUUUUUACAAGAGGUUGGGGAUUACGCAGAAAAAGCAGCAAGUCCCGCCAGAGACUUUGGUUAAAAGUGUGUGCCAAUUCGUCCGUGAUCUGCCGUCGUCUGACAUUGACGUCGCGUGCACUGAGAUAUUUGGUGACCUCAACGAUCUCCGCGCUGCCAAACUCAAACAAGCUGUACAGUAUUAUCUCAAUGGAACCAAAGAUGGUUUUCUCAAGUAUAGAACUGCAUCUGGUCGUCGCCCGAAAACAAAGAAGAAUCAAAAACCUGAAUUCAGUCCUCAGUCUACAUCAACAGAUUUGGAUACUUCCAAGUUGGCAACAGAGACUUCUGAAUAUGAGCAAAAAGGCUUGGAAGAUUACAAAUUGGCAACAGUGAAUGCGUCAAUGAACGCGGACUUCCACACGGAGGAGCAUGGCAAUGGGUUGCAGCACGGAAUUGCAGCAUUAUCAUUGGAAAGCGGUGAUGCGAGCUCAAGUACUACACAAGCCAAACCAGCUGAUAGAGUAGACAAGCAGCCCGCAACUAAGGAGGCCCGCCAAGCCGUCUCAAAAAGCCUGUCUGCCGAUGACAACUGCCCCGCCGCCCCCGCCGAAGUCCUGCGCACUUGCGCCGAGCGCCACGCGCGCGGCCUCAUGCACCCCGGCAUGCUCUCUAUACUCACCCACAGACAAGUCACUCUGCCGGUGCUGAUGGAAGACGACAACCAUCGCGAAAUACCAUCGAUCCAUCACUUCUUCAGACCUAUCAGGCAGAAUGUCUACGCGAUUCUGUAUAACAUGCAUCAUCAUCGAUUCAUGGCUCAGAAGGCCAAGGAGGAAGGCACAGCUAGCACUGCUGGUGCUAACGAACGAGCCUGUACAGUGCAGGUAUCAGAAUGGAUCUAUUCCCGUGUGAACCCGGGCAAGAGUCCCGAAAUGGUGCCUGGGGUUGUGCUCGAUUGGCCGGUCCCAACCGUGCAGAGGCUUUGGUUCGGAACUGCUCAAGAUGACAAAUGCCGUCGCAUGCGCGCAUUCCUCUCCUGUAUGCGAUCAGAUACUCCACUGAUGCUGAACAUAUCAUAUGUGCCCCAACAUCUUCUCAUAUUAGCUACAGUGCUAAGAUUUAUCAUGACAUCUCAGUUGCAAAUCCUACGAAGACAGGAACUGGACGCAUUUUUAGCAACAGCUUUCUCUAAUGAUCUCAUGAACGCCCUUCACUUGCAAGAAAUGACAGUGAACGGCAUUAGCUCCCGCGGGGUGCAACUUGGAGCCCUGGUGAUGGCGGGCGCGGAGGCGGCGCUGCUGGCCAACGACGCGUGCGGCGCGCCCGUGCCCUGGCUCGUGGCCGCGCCCUGGCUCUACUUCGACGGCAAGCUGCUGCAGCGCAACCUGCACCGCGCCAACCACUGCAAGCAUCUGGCCCAGCUGUGCGAUAACAAUCUCGAUACUGUUGUCAAGGUGGAACGCAUGAGGAAGGCAAUCUUGGAGGGACUGGAAGUGGAGUUUGCUAUGCCGCCGCUGCCUCUUGUUGCGGGUGUUGUGGGCGGAGGAUGGCCGCGAGGACUUGGGCGCGGGCGCGGACGUGGCGCUCGGUUGGAGAUCGCCGGCGUGGUGGUGGGGCAGUGGGGAGGCGGUAGCUACCCCGCGAGGGCGACUCGCUAUCCGCAGGUGAGCUACGUGGGCUACACCCCGCCUACCCGCAACUCAUACGGCGGGCGCGGCUGGCGCGGCGCGCGCGGCGGGCGCGGGCGCGGGCGCGGCGGCGCGGGGGCCGCGCGCGCGCCGCGCCGCCUGCGCCGCGACCACGAGCCCGUCAAGACCACCACGCUCACCGUCAACGGAAAAACUGUGAGGCCUGAAGAAAUGACGUCACAAGCAGAUGAUGUAAGCCCACAGGAAGACAACUUUAUUGCUGAGAAUGAAGGCGAUGGCGCACAACCACAGAAAACAAAGACUGCAAAAAACUUUAAGAAGAAUGUCGGAAAAGGAAAAAAGAAAGGUUCCAAUCAGAAGAAUAAUGUCGCUCAAAUGUUGGAUGGUUUCGACAAUAACAAGGUGGCGGAGCAAAGCCACAAAUCUGAAAAGGAGCACAUCGGUCAAGGUGAUGCGCCCGUUUCUAACUAAAUAUAUCCUUCUAAGGUAACCUUCAUUGUCUUUCAAAGUAGUUUUGUCUAAUAUUUUGUUUCAAUAUUUAAAGUUAUUUCAUGUAGUUUGAGGAAAGCUUACCAUAAUUACAAUUUAUUAUUACAUUUUGUUGCUAGUGAGGGAGCAAAAGUAAUAUGACAAUGCCUUCACUAGCAUUCAUUUUAACUAACUUCUUGGGAAUUUGACAACAUCUCAAUAGCAGUGUUUUAGCACGUCUUUGUUUGGGUUGCAUAGCAUAAUUGUAAACAGGAUAAUUAACAAAAUAUUCCACAGAAUUUCUUGUUUGUGAGGUGAGUACCCAACAGACAUGACGUAUACGUGCCUGAAGAUCUAAAAGACUUCCCAAAUUUGAGACUGAUUUUAUAUUACUUUAAUUGACACAGUGUGUUAAUUAAUUAUAAUAUUAAAACAAACGACAACCGAGGCAAUGUUUUUGUCUCGAUAAUCCCUAAUGAGACUUAAUACCUCUUAGGAUGUUUUGAUAUUUGCCUUAUAAGCACCACAUAACCUCUAGCCUUACUUUACUAGAUCUGUAAUAUCAAAGCAAGUAUCAAAAUCCAUUAAGAGACAGGUUCUGUUGAUUGAGGUAGAAAAAUAUCUCCGAAAUAAGAACCCAACAGCACCCGUUUUUGACAAGUGAUAAUUAGAAAAUAUAUAUUAAUAAACUAAUGUUGGUUGUUAAGUCGUUUGAUUGAAAAGUGAGAUGGCUUAGUAUAUAAUAUGUUUUAUUUUUAAGCAUAUGAGGUACUGAGUCAGCAUUAUUUAUUUACAUAUAGUAUAUUUACAAUUUACCAAAUCAUUAUUUUUUAUUUUAAGGCUGGUUUCGUCUAUAAAAUCCAUCCAGUCAUGAAGUGAGUAUUCUACAAAAAUAAGAUUAAUUGCAAAUUAAGUACAUGAUGUAUGAUGUAUACGACUGUCGAUUGCAUAGAUGAAACCAAAUUGUUUUCAGACUUGUUUUUGGAAUUCUUGGUAUAUUAUUUAGGCGUUGAUUGUUGAAUAGGAAGGAGUGUAAAUGGAAUAAACAGUCUUUCACAAAAUUGGGGAAAUAAAUUUCAUUUGAUGUGACCAAUACCGUAAAUUUAUCAACCAAUUACUGUUUUAUAGUAAAAUUUUGAUGUUGUAUUGUAUAUUUCGAAAUGUCUUACUUGUAUUCAAUUCUUGUUGUACCAUAGCAACCUGUGAUAGGACUACUAUAUAAUAUUUUGUGACGGACUGUGUAUCCUAUAAUUAUGUUCGAUGACUAUUACCAUAGAAUGGUUGGUAUAAUGCCAGGUUAUCGUCGCCAUAAUUGUAGGCAAGGUUAAGAUAGUGUAAAAUUGCAUUUAUUGAAUGACUGUUGGUGCUUUGAAAUCUGAGGGACUGCCUGAAACGAGUCUGAAACCCGUAGAUUUAAGUCUAACGAUAGACGUUUGAUGAAACUGAAAGUACAUUCGCAAUCUGUCUUUUCCACAUCCUAUAGGGUAUUAUUUCGAUAGGAAAUCUUAGAUUGUUAGUGAUAUAUUUAUAUGCAUUUUCGGGGAGUCAGACUUGCGAAUGUUCUCUUCAAUUUAUAUGUAUUUUUGUAAAUUUGUUAUAUUGUUAUACUUAAAUUUAGCUGGAAUGACUAACAAAAAUAAUGAGACAUCCAAGUCUUGCUAUGAAACUCGAUUGAGUGUAAAACUGUCACAAUUAUCAACGUUACAUUCCAUUGCGAGCGCACGAUCUUUUGAAAUUGGACAGUUAACGAUAAUCGAGAAUGGAACUUAAUGAAGACUUUACAAUUUUUGGAACGCUUACCUGAAACCUGGCCAAGAAUAUAGACAAAUAUGUUGCUACUAUAACAUAUAAUUGAUUUUAACAAUCAAACAUCAAGGGUGUAUUGCACAUUUUGUAGCAGCCACGGCGCUGUCCAUUGACUUUAUAGUUAUAAAGCAUCUGACUUCGUACGGAGUACAAGUCGACCACUGGAUCAGUGGGAGAGAGUAGAGGUCUGUAGAGACCCUGUAACAGAGCGCCCGGUUGCAUGUGGGCGCUCAUACAUUGCUAAGUAUUCGCUGGCUGUCGCUAGAUGCGAUAUGCACAUUAUAUUAAACAUUUAUAUUACAUUAUUACAACCUAUAUAUUAUUGCUUGCUUAUUCAAAUAAACACAAUGUGUAGAUUAGAGUUUUAACUUCAAUGUAUUUUGAUUUCUUUAAGAAUUAUGUGUAACAUCAUUAAAGUAUGUUAGAGGGUUCAUAGCAUAAUUAUAACGUGGUUGGUAAUGUUUUCUCAACAUAUAAAAUGAUUAUACAAGGCACAUUCAAUCCACUUUAUAUGUGGAAAAAUUUUAUUAAUCGCCUUUUAUUUCGUUACAUUUGAACCACUUAAAUAUUUGUCAUGUUUUAAUGUAACAUUAGUUGUGAUUCAAGGAGGUAGAUUUUAUGUUUUCUUUUAAAACCAUUACUUCGCUAUAGUUUUAGAUUCAGCAGUAUAUCUUUACUACAUUUUAUAAACUUGUUUGCUGACAAUGGUCACUUUAAUAUUGUCAACAUAAUAUAAUCGAAAUGUAUUAGACUUGUCAUGUAAUAACAUUUUUCGUAAUUGAAGUAGCAAACAUGGAACUGUGGCUUUUUUGAAAACACUUAUAACUUAAGAAUGUAAACCUGCAAUGUAAAAUUUUAAAAAAGUUCAUUACUAUUUCAGUUUAUGAACACAAAAAAAUUGGAUGAAUUUUAAUUGUAAAGAGUUGUAUUUGUCUUCAAAUAAAACGUUCCAUCAUUA